GAUUCGUUCUACUCGUUAUCAGCGGCGGAGGCCGGAUGCACCGAGCUGCCUUUGUGUGCCCUGCCGGGACGACACCGAGGAGACUUCGUGGUGUCAAGCUUUUCAUGUGAACGACCACAGUGAACAUUUUUUCACUCGCAAGGCUGGUAUUUCAUAUUGCUUCGUCAAAAGGGGGAUGAAUUGCCUCUUUAUCGGUAGGAGUCACAACAAGGCUUCCCUUCUUUCUCAGAUCACCAAAGAUGGGUAUGCGGAUCAAGCUUAACAGCAGUGACCACCCUUAUAACCUGCUGAAGGAGCUUAACAAAUCACGUUUGUCAGAGACACUAUGUGACGUCACCAUUGUUGUGGGGAACCGCUCCUUUGCUGCUCAUAAAGCUGUUCUUGGCUCUGCUGCUGCGUAUUUCCAGAAACUCUUCUUAAGUACAGAAUUGGAUGUUGCACGCACCUAUGUGGUGGAUUUUAUCACCCCAGCUAAUUUUGAGAAAGUUUUAAGCUUUAUAUAUACUUCUGAACUGUUUACGGACCUAAUCAAUGUUGGAGUCAUAUAUGAAGUUGCUGAGAAACUUGGUAUGGAGGAUUUGCUUAGGGCUUGCCAUUCAACUUUUCCCGAUUUAGAAGGCUCCUCCAACCAUAAGAACCAAUGUUCUGUGUCCUCCAGUGAAGGACGUUUAAGUACAUUAAGUGCUGCAUCCACAGAACAGAACCAAGGAGAAUUAAAAGGAAAUGGUGUUGGUAACCACCUUCCUUCUAUUGAUAAAAAUUUCAUUGGUCAGGAUGAUGCUAUUGGUGGUUUUAAAGGUGAAGAUCAAGAGGCAAGUACACACCAGCCCCCUAGUUUCCCACUGUCAGCAAAAAAUGAAGAGCAAAGUACCUCAGUGAGGUACCAGUCCUCUCACUGCUCAGUAAACUCUGGCUUUGCUCCCACAAGUACCUGCCAGCCCUACAAAGCAGAACAAAAUGGGGACUACAGUAAAACUGGAUACUUUUCUGGGGAUACUCCUAAUAGUGGACAUGCAAAAGAAUCUGCUGGAGGAUUUGAGGCAAUAGGGGAUUUGCAUCUAGAUGAAUUAGAAGAGGAUGAGUUGCAGUUUGAUGAUGGUGGAGAUGAGGAUUCUGGUCCUUCAGGAGAAAUUAUUGAACUUAGCGAUGGCAGUGAGGAUGAGCUACUCCUAUUUGGUCAGGGAGAAGGGAGAAGUAAGAAAGCUAUGCCUUGCCAAGUAUGCAAGAAAGUGCUGGAACCUAACUUGCAGCACAUUCGGCAACAUGCACGGGAGCAUGUGGAUUUACGGAUUGGCAGCUGUAAGGUAUGCCAGACUCGCUUCCAUGACAGGAGUGCUAUGGUUACCCACGUUUUGUCACAUAUAGGGAUCUUCUUAUUCUCCUGCGAUAUUUGUGAAGACAAGUUCUUCAGUCAGUGGCAGCUCACUCUUCAUCGGGGUCAGGAAGGGGCAGCAUCAGAACAUCAUAUAAUUGUGCAUCCAGGACAGCCUCUGCCAGGAGAGGUAAAUACAUUUGUUGGUACUCUAUGUGCAGAGUUACCUUGUGCAGCCUGUCACAGGACCAUGUCACGUGACUUUCACUCUGUACGCACCCAUGCUUUAGAACAUCUUAACCCUAAGGGGCUAACUUGUGGACUUUGUGAACUGCGUCUCCCAUCACUUUGUGGCCUGAUGUGGCAUGUCUUUUCUCACAUGUCUAUAUCUGUCUUCUCCUGUUCACUGUGUGCUAGUAGCUUCCUGGACCGCCAUCUGUUAGAAAAGCACAUGGCUGUCCACCAAAGCUUAGAUGAGCCCCUAUUUCGCUGCCACUUAUGUUCACAGGCCUUUAAGUCUGAGUCAGCACACCGACAGCAUCUGACACAGCACCAUUGUGGCAGCAUCCCAUCUGAUCGCCCAGGGUUUUCUGAAUUCCCUCUAACCCAUUUGGCACAAUCUAAGAGAAAAGCACCAGAGGAAUUUUCAUUUGAUGAGCAUUCACUUGCAGGACAGACAGGCCACAGCAAAUAUACAUGUAAGGUGUGUGGAAAAUGCUUCUCACACACCAGUGAGUUCAAUUACCACAGGAGGAUUCACACUGGGGAAAAGCCGUAUCAGUGCAAGGUGUGUCACAAGUUCUUCCGCGGCCGUUCUACCAUCAAGUGCCAUCUAAAGACGCAUGCAGGGGCCCUGAUGUACAGGUGUACUGUAUGUGGACAUUACAGCUCUACACUGAACCUCAUGGGCGAACAUAUUGCAGUGCAUCGGGGCAAUCUGCCCUCAGACUUUACCAUUGACCAAACAUUUAUGUACACUAUUCACUCCAAAGACACAGACAAGAGUGCCGACAGUUGAUUUGUUAUACAGGGAACAGUUUAGAGUGCUGUUUAUCUGCCUUUUUUAAAUCUUAUUCACACUAUGACAGGUUGAAUUCAGCUGAGGUAUUUCCAUAUUUACAUCAUCUGCUUCUUCUUUUUUUUAAUUUAUGUUCUCUCAUAUGUUUGUUUGACUCACCAGUUUUCAUUAUAUGUGAAAUUUUAAUUUACCUGAACCUAAUGGCCCCACAUGAGCUUUGCCAGUGGUGGUUUUUAGUUCACUUGAAUAUUUUUUUUAAUGUGUUUUAAUAAUGUUAGUUUUUGCAUGUUAAAAUGUAUGUCACUGUUAUUGUAGUUUUGGCACUUUAAACCACUGACGAUUAACCUCAUUUGCUGCCACUUCGCUGCAGGUGAACUUUCCUAUUGAUCUAUUUUGACCAUUGCAGGAAUAGAAUAGAUAAUGGCAUGUUUUAGAAAGUGACUGAAGGACUGAUCAGUAAAAGUUAUGGCAUAUGCACUGGGCCACCUGAGCAUUAUGUUAAUCCUUAAUUUAUUGCAAGUUGAACUUUAAUAUGUUUUGCUUUCAUCCUUAAUGCAAAGUAUGUAUAUUUCUCUUUGGACCUAUUAAUGUUGCAAACACUUAGUACCUCCCUUGUUUUAUUAAAAUCAGUUUUUAGGGUGGUUUCUUCAAGUUUACCAUUUGUACCCUUCUCCCGGUUUUGUAACAAGGGCAUAUAGUGGCUUGCUUAAGUGAAAAUAAAUUUGAGUAAUGUUUUAGGAAUACUAGAUGUUCUAAAAACGACCAUCCAAAUGAUUUAAAAAUGACAAGUUAGCUUAAAUUCUAGUUUACUAGACAGUGAUUAAAGGCCCAGCAUAUGGUGGGAUUAAAAUGUCAUAUAGCUAAAUGAUCUGGAAUUGCAUAAUCUGUACAGUUUGUAUUUUAUUUGCAUUUCCCCUUCUGUUUGGGAAGACUUAGUUCUAACCUCACUGUCUGUAUUUGCUAAUUAGAGCUUAACAAGUGAGUUUUAUACUAUAAUUAGUAUAACUGAUCUGCACAGAAUGUAUUAAAUCAUUCAGAUCCUUGCCUCUGCACUCUACCAGGCUUCUGAUAUCAUUUGUAAUUAGUGUUAGUUGUUAAACUACCAGUCUAUUUGCUUUGUCUAUUUUUUACAGUAGAUUUAUACAGUUGAACAGUCGUUCAGAAUGAGCACUGAAGUGUUUACAUAUUAUUUUCAUUACUACAAUUAGGGGAUUAUACUUCAUUGACACUAACAGUAUUGCAGAUAUCAAUUGGAUGCUCACCAGUGCCAAUAGAUGGAAGGGACUGCUGCUCUCCAAAUUUUAAACUCUUUUUAAAAUAUAAUGGGAGUCUGGAAUGUUUCUUUGAAAUAGAUAUGUGUAUAUUCCCUUCAGAAUACUAUAAUUACUGUAAGCAUAUCUUAGACCUUAUGCAAGUUAUAAUAAUGUGCAAGUCUCACAAACUACUGACAGCUACUUCUAUAUAGAAGUAGCUAGUGCUAAUUUAUCAUUUACUUUAGCUCUGUAUUAUUUAUAAUGUAAUUGGUGGUUGCAUUAAAGUGGGCUGCUCCUAAGUUUAGCUCAUUUUGUUUUGAGUUCACAUACUAAAUAAUAGAUUUCCAUUAAGUUGAGAUAUAAUGUAUCAACCUUACCAACACAGUUCAGUGGAAUGAAAGCCAGUUUUGCUUUAUAUGACUUUCUUUCUGUA